AUGGGUGGUGUCACAGUCCGGGACGUCGAUGCUCAAAAGUUCAUCGGCGCUUACUCUGCCUUCUUGAAGCGUCAGGGAAAGCUUCAAAUUCCUGGAUGGGUCGACACUGUUAAGACCUCCGCCUCUAACGAGCUCCCCCCUCAGGACGCUGAUUGGUUCUACGUUCGUGCCGCCGCCGUCGCUCGUCACAUCUACUUGCGCAAGACUGUCGGUGUUGGUCGCCUCCGCAAGGUCCACGGAUCACCCAAGAACCGUGGCUCCGCCCCCUCCCACCACGUUAAGGCCUCCGGUCAGGUUGACCGCCGGGUCCUCCAGGCCCUUGAGAAGAUCGGUGUUCUUGAAAUUGACGAGGAGAAGGGUGGCCGACGGAUCACUCAAAGCGGCCAGCGUGACUUGGACCGCAUUGCCAAGACCACCGUUGACGAGGAGGAGGAAGAUGAUGAGUAA